AUGGCCAAGUUUAGGCUGCGCGGAGUCAGUUUCAGCUGCAGCUUGAUCGUCGUAGCCGUGAUGUCUACCGUCUUGACUAUGUUCGAUGCCGCCAAGCGCAACAGCAACGACAACAAGGACAUGUGGGGAUGGUCUUGUGCCCAGACGCCGCGCGCAGAGACGUUCGAAGACGACGUCGACUAUUCGCUGCUUUGCAGGCUGCAGGUAGGUAUCGGCAUCAUUUCUAGAAAACAAGUGGACUGGACUUUGCCCCAAAAGUCCAUGGGUGCGCACAACGAUGCCAGAGAGAGGUUUUACUUAGCCCAGGGCCCUUCGAUUUACAAAAGCCCGUACCACCGCCUAAAACUACGCUACAGCGCAGUGAUGAGGAUUGUAGACGCAAUCGUCCUCCGAACGGUCCAGAACUCGGCUGCAACGCUGACAGUUGCAGUACCCAUCCCGGCGCCGUACAGACCGGCGGCUGUUUAA